AGUAGGCACCUUUCCCAAAGCCACCAGAGCCUGCAUGAUUCUAUUUGUGGCUUCUCGGGAAAGUUACCUAUGGUGACCUUUGUGAGCAGUGAUGAAACUGCCGUUCCAUUUCUCAGGGACCAUGAGGAGGAACGAAUCAUCUCCGAGACCAGGGCCUGCCUUCCUCCCAGAGGACGACAUCUACUUGGCAUCCCGGACACACAGGAUGCUGGGCUGGAGCAGCUCUCCAUCAUCCCAGUCGUCCUCAGAGUACCAGUCUUAUUCUCAGUACCUGUCCUGGGCUUCCAGCAGGAGCGAGGAGGAACAGGAUGCCCCACCCGAGAGCGUGUGUGCGCUGUACACGUAUGUGCAGACCGUGCGCGGUGUGGCAGUGGCUUGGGAGACUGACGAUGGCUUUGAGCCCAUCACUAGGAAGCCCCUUAUCCGUGAGGCUGAGUUCAUCAAGCGACAGCGGCAGAAAGGUUCCUCCUUCGAAAUGGCCUCCAACACAGACCUGCGCUGGGAGCUGGAAGCCUGCACGCACUACUGCCCGGAGCCUGAGGACUCUGUGGACUGCUGCUUGCAGGAGUUGCGAGCACCGCCAGACUGGUUGGUCACCACCAACCAUGGCCUUCGCUGUGUGGCCUGCUGUAGAGUCUUCCCCACGUUGGAGGCGCUGCUGGACCACGCCCAGCAUGGCAUCCGUGAUGGCUUCAGCUGCCAGAUAUUCUUUGAGGAGAUGUUGGAAAGGAAGCGGGCCCGGGAUCAAAGGCAGGACCCACAGCCUGUAGAGGAGGAGCAGAGCCCUUCUGACAGUAGUGAAUGUUCCAAGCCCUGCACCAAGGAUCUUCCUCAGCAGCCACAGCAGCAACAGCAGCAGCAGCAGCAGCAGCAGCAGCACCCACAGCAAGAGCAACAGCCGCAGCAGCCACCACAGCAGCAGAAGCCACAGGAGCAGGCACAGCAGCAGAAACCACAGGAGCAGCCACAGCAGCAGAAACAGCAGAAGCAGCAUCCACAGGGGAAGUAGAGAUUGGAGGUGAGGUGCCCACCCUCCCUCCAGCAUCAUGGGCUGCUGCUCCUUUACCAGCCAGCAGGACCAGAGCCACCAGAGCAGGGGGAGAGGACCAAGGUGGUGGUGGUGGUGGUGGUGGGGGGGAAGCUAUCUAUGUGGCAUGUGUAGCAACAAGGUGGGAGGGGUAGGAGCCUUUCCUAAAGGUGCAGCAUUUCCACCAGAGUCCAUUUCCAAACCAGAAUCCAAAGAAGAGGGCUUCAAGAAUUCCUGACGGUGGAUGCAAAAUAAGAAACAUGCAAGGAGAUGGCCACAGGGGUUUCCAUUUUUUGCUGCCGGAUCCAACGCAGUUCGCAUUUGCUGCUCAAGCACACGUGACUCACAGGGGAGCCAACUGUAAAUGAAGCUUCGGCCCUAUUUUUUUUUUCAUUGUUAGGAAUCUGUCAUAUGCCCUAAUUCUAUGUCUUAUGUUGUUGGGAUUAAACUUGAA